GUCUCUGAAGUAUUAUACUCAUCUUUUUUUCUUGUUUUGUAUGAUGAUCUUGUGGGAGGAAAGUGGUUUUUACAUUUUUACCAUAAAAGUGUCUUUGAUUUCUAAGUUGCAGUUGAAGGAGAAGCUGCAUCUUGUUUUAUUUAUUAGAGAGUAAAAAAAAAAUGUAUUUUUCAUGGCUGUUAUUGAGUUUGUGAAAAUGGGUUGAUGAAGCUUAUAAAAAUGAAUAUCUCAGGUUGAGCACAAAUUGGAUUAAAAUGUGGACAAUGAUCACAGAGCUUAAUUAAAAGUUACUGACAUUUGUUGUUCCAACAAAGAGAGAAAUCAGAAAAUUUGGGAGUGUUCAUAUCAGAAAAACAUUUUUGUGUUGUUCAAGUAUAUUCAGCGAACCAGUUACUUUUCAAUGCAAAUGUCUCAGAAGCAUAAAGUGUCCUAUGGCUCUAACAGGUUCAACAUUGAGCAUGUGCAAAAUCUGGCGUCAUGUUGCAUCCUGAAAAGUGAGAACCUAGACUACUACUCAUCCUCUGAUAACAGUAGCCAUGCAACCUAUCCUUCUGUUCGUACUUUAGAGCAAUAUUGCACCCUGGAAUCUUCCACAAACAACAGUUUCCCUUCCCUAAAUUCCCCAUCUACUAUCAGUUUCUCACCUAACAAUAGCCCACUCUCAAAUCUACAGUCAAAAUCAUAUGUGUUGAGUUCGCAGAAUUCUCUUGAAAUUAUGAAUGAUUCGCUCAAAAAUGAGUCUUGCUUGACACACAAUGACGAUGACCUGAGGCACAAGAUAAGAGAGCUUGAAAGUGCUAUGUUGGGACAUGAUGCAGAUAUGCUGGAUAUAUAUGAUACUGUUAUCCCAGAAGAAUCUGAUUCAUUUUUGCUAGAGGCAGAAAGGUGGAAAAGAAUGAUGGAAAUGAUAUCUAGAGGAGAUUUGAAAGAGAUGCUUUGUACAUGUGCAAAAGCAGUGGCAGGAAAUGAUAUGGAGACAACUGAAUGGUUGAUGUCAGAGUUGCGGAAAAUGGUCUCCGUGUCUGGCAAUCCAAUCCAACGAUUGGGAGCAUACAUGUUGGAGGCUCUUGUUUCACGGCUGGCCUCUUCAGGAAGCACGAUCUACAAAGCCUUGAAAUGUAAAGAGCCUACUGGUAGUGAACUCCUUUCACACAUGCAUCUACUAUAUGAAAUCUGUCCAUAUCUCAAAUUUGGGUACAUGUCAGCAAAUGGAGCUAUUGCCGAAGCCAUGAAGGAAGAAAGUGAAGUCCACAUUAUUGAUUUUCAGAUUAACCAGGGUAUUCAGUGGGUAAGCCUAAUCCAAGCUCUUGCUGGCAGACCUGGAGGACCCCCCAAGAUCAGAAUAACAAGUUUUGAUGACUCAACUUCAGCUUAUGCCAGGGGAGGGGGCCUUGAAAUUGUUGGAGAAAGGUUAUCAAAACUUGCACAAGCAUAUAACAUACCCUUUGAGUUCCAUGCUAUAGGAGCUUCUCCCACUGAGGUGGAACUUAAAGACCUUGAACUUCAACCUGGUGAAGCUAUUGCUGUGAAUUUUGCCAUGAUGCUGCAUCAUGUUCCAGAUGAAAGUGUGGAUAUUCAGAACCAUCGUGACCGGUUGGUGAGAUUGGCAAAGUUCUUGUGUCCUAAGAUUGUGACACUAGUUGAGCAAGAAUCAAAUACUUGUGUCCCAUUCUUGCCCCGUUUUAUGGAGACAAUGAACUACUACUUGGCUGUUUUUGAAUCAAUUGAUGUUGCUCUACCGAGGGAGCAUAAAGAAAGGAUUAAUGUGGAACAGCAUUGUUUGGCUCGAGAAGUUGUCAACUUAAUAGCAUGUGAAGGGGCAGAAAGAGUAGAACGUCAUGAGCUUCUAAGGAAGUGGAGAUCGCGUUUCGCAAUGGCUGGAUUCACACCAUAUCCAUUGAACUCCUUUAUUAACAGUUCAAUAAAAAAUCUUCAGCAAAGCUACCGAGGACAUUACACUCUAGAAGAGAGAGACGAUGCUAUAUGUCUUGGUUGGAUGAAUCAAGUACUUAUUACCUCUUGUGCUUGGAGGUGAUUUUGUUAUUGCAGAUUUUUAUAUAGUUUAUGUAUCAUCCUAAUCUUCUAUGGCAGAAUUUCUUAGUUCAUAGUUAAAUUACUCUAUAGUUUGUUAAAAUGUACACAGGAUUUUAUGACAAUAAUGCCAGUACCAGCAAGCAGGAUCUCGUCAAAAAAAUUAAAAAAUUAAAA